AUGAUUUGGCAGCCCUUAAAUCUUACUGAAACUUGUCCCCCCAACUCAACGCUCACCGCCUGCUCACACUUUGGAUACGUUUAUCUGAAUCUACUACUACAUUUAUUCAAUAGCUCUAUUGAUGAGGAAAUAAAGAAAUUUUAUAACGAACCAGAUGACGACCAGUAUGAGUUCGACUUUAUAGUAGUUGGAGCUGGUGCUGCGGGUUGCGUGGUCGCUAAACGGUUGUCUGAAAACCGUGAUUGGAAGGUGUUGCUCUUGGAAGCAGGGGGCGAACAACCGGACGUGACUCUUGUCCCAGGUCUGUCUGGUAUGUUGCGGAGUACAGACAUAGUCGAAGAGUUUCAAACUGAGCCCAAUGGGAAAAGCUGUCUCGCUCAAUCGGAUGGAAGGUGUAGUUGGACUAUAGGUAAAGUGAUGGGAGGCUCCAGUUCGACUAAUAACCUAGCGUACCUCAGAGGAAAUAAGGCUGACUAUGACGGCUGGGCGAUGUUGGGAAAUGAAGGAUGGAGUUACAAAGAUGUACUUCACUUCUUCAAAAAAUCAGAACGAAAUAUAGACAUAGAAGCUUUAGAUAGAAAAUAUCACGGGGUGACCGGAGAACAAUAUAUAUCCUGGUAUUCUUACACAGAUAAACCUUCACUGACGAUGACUGAGGCUUUUCUCGAAAGAGGACUUCCCCUUACUGAUGUCAAUGGAGCCCAACAAGAAGGUACUAUGCAAGCGCAGGCCAUCGCGUUCUUAGGCCAAAGAAUUUCGACCAAUACAGCUUUCAUACAACCAAUUCGAUAUAAAAUAGAAAAUCUAACAGUUAAAGUAAACUCCAAAGUCCUUCAGAUACUCAUCGAUGAAAAUAAAAGGGCUCAUGGGGUUAUUUAUACGCGAAACGGAAAGAAAUUUACUGCAUAUUCUAAAAAGGAAGUGAUUGUUAGUGCUGGAGCUCUUAAUUCACCAAAACUUUUAAUGUUAUCCGGCAUAGGACCCAGGGAACAUUUAGAACAAUUGGGAAUACCCGUGAUAAAAGAUUUAGCUGUUGGAGAAAAUCUACACGAUCAUGUCACCUUCAACGGUCUUUAUAUCGCUUUGUCCAAUGAAACAGCCACAAUUGUCAGUCCAGAGAAAAUAUUACAAGAUAUUAUAAAAUAUGAUGAAAUGGACAUCAAAACUGGCCCAUUGUCUGCUAAUGGGCCUUCUAGUACGGUAGCAUUCUUCAGAAGUAGUCCGGACUUGAUAGCUCCAGAUGUACAGUGCCACUGUCGAAAUAUAUUUAAAUGGAGAGAAUUUUAUGAAGAUCCACUAACAGCUGACAACGCUGCCAUUUUUCCUACAUCGUAUUACGAUUCUAUAUUACCAAGGAUAAUUCAUCUUGCACCUAAAAGUCGAGGCAAACUUUUAUUAAAUGCAACCGAUCCACACGGUCCCCCCAUACUUUAUGGGAAUUACUUUGAUGAUGAAAGUGACAUCACAACUUUACUAAAAGGUGUCAGAUUACUCUUAACCCUUGAAGAAACCGAAGCAUUCAAAUUAACUGGAACACAUUUCGUUAAGGAACCAAUGCCCGCUUGCAAGGAAUAUGAAUGGGGUACAGAUGAAUACUUUAUUUGCAUAAUCAAAUCGUAUACAAUGACCAUUUAUCACUAUGUUGGUACUUGUAAGAUGGGACCAAAAACCGACAAAAAGGCUGUUUUAGAUAACGAAUUAAGAGUGUAUGGAAUUUGUGGAUUGAGAGUUAUCGAUGCUUCAAUGAUGCCAUUUAUAGUUGGAGGAAAUACGAAUGGUCCAAGCAUUAUGAUAGGAGAGAGAGGUGUGGAUUUUGUUAUAAAUUACUGGCAGGAAAAUAGUGAACCAUAUUGUGCUUAG